UUGGACAUUCAGUGUGCGAUAUCCCGGCGGACGGUGCAGACAACGUUUUCGCCUCACACGUUCCGAUCAAAAAACAUCCAAAAAAUCCUAUGCAAAAAAUAAACACAACUAACCACCUUUAAAAACUGCAAAGACCAACGCGAUAAAGUUUUCAAUUAAACUUGAAACAAUUUUUUUAUUGUGACAAAACAAAAAGUACAAAAUUAAAGUCAUUAUCAGUACAAAAAACAUACCUCAAUCAGUAGUUAAAAAAUACACGUGCUAAAAGUGCCCACACAAAAGUUUCCCAAAACAGAAAAAAAAAAGAAAAAAUCGAAGAAAAAAACCCAGUGAAUUUACAAAACCUCAAGAAAAUACAGCUGAUAAUCCAUAUCAACGGUCCGGUGACUAAGCUCAACCUCUCAACCUCAGCCUCAGUCCUUCUACCUACUACCCAACUACCUACUUACCUACUACCUCUCACUUAACCCAGAACAUCCUGGCCCCCAGAAACUACGGACAUUACGACGCACACAUCCUGCGACACACACACGGCGCCCCAACAUUCCCCAUAUUUUCAAUACAAUGUAAACCAAACGAUUCUCCGGAUUCUUUCAAUUCUUGUUCCGAUUUAUACUUUUCAUACAUUCUUAAAUUAAAAAGAAAACAAAACGUAGGCCUACGUAAUACUGAAAAGCAAUCAAUGCACUUUCCAUAAUUCUUAACUUAUUAACUUAUUUAUCUAAAAUAAAACAAUUUUGUGAUAUCUUUUUUGUGUUUAGCGAUAGGUUAAAAAACAAAAGAAAAAAACCAAAACAAAAAGUAUGCAAAGCCCAUAGACAAGUAAACCUUAAAAAAAAAAAAACAAUAUUUAUUAGAGCACAGUUUAUGAUUUGUGUUAUCCGUUUAUUUUCCGUUGUUUUAAAUUAAAUAAAUAGUUUCAAAGCUUAGACACUCAGGAUUUAGUUCAAACAUAGUUUAGUCGAUGAGUUUCAGUUGCGAAUACUCGCUUGAGAAUAGGCCUCCGCACACGAACAGACACUCGCAUGCACGCCAACCGUUUGGGGCUGCUCUACACCGACACGUAAAGACCACCACACACGACACGACGUCCACACACACGCCAAACCAAUGCUAAAAUGUCGCUGCCCAACGAUCAGACAAACUUGCCGCACAAUCCCAGCCAGCCAGCAGCAUCCACAGACACACCAUUCACAACAAGAGGAUCAACACCAUCCACACCAACACCAUCCACAAAAUCCACACAAAAUGAGCUGAAACACCGCCUGACGCCAUUGAAUGUGCGUCGUUUAUCGGGAUACGUUAAUCCGCAAGCGAUCAGCGAUAAUGCUGGCGAUGAACCCCCGCCCACCACCAUUAACAUUGGCCUCUUCAACAACAAUAACAACAAUAAUACAAAUAAUAAUAACAACAACAACAACAAUAACAACAACAACACAGCAUCAACAACGCCACCAUCUGCAUAUGCCACACCACCAAUAUACCAACAACAGUUGUCCACACUGACAACAACAACACCGCUAGAUGUGGCACCGGAUGAUAAAUACAGAUUGUUUACCAUUUUCAAUGGAAACGAUCCCGACAAUGAGAAAUUGUCGGGCCUACCACAUUCGACUACCGGUUCACUAAGCUCAAUCAUCACGACGUCCAUAGCAUCCUCCGAACCGGAUCCUGGAGCGGCGAGCGGCGGCGGCGGAGGAGGAGGAGCGGGCGGCGGCGGUAGUGGCAAUGGCGGCAUCGGAUCGGGAGCCCUCGUGGCAGCGGAUGCCUCCAGCAUCGCGGGCAUUAAUGGCAGCUCCGAGGAGAAGCUGGCGCUCAAUCGACCCGGCAUUAAGCAGGAGAAGUGGACAACCAUCCUCCUGCAGGUCUCGAUCCCCUUCUUCCUCGCCGGCAUUGGAACUAUCGGAGCUGGAAUUGUCCUGGGACGCGUUGAGAAAUGGUAUGUCUUCAAGAAUGUGAGCGAGCUGUUCAUCCUGGUGCCGGCGCUUUUGGGACUGAAGGGCAACCUGGACAUGUGCCUGGCCUCGCGGCUGUCCACGCAAGUGAACCUGGGCAACAUGACCAGUCGGCAGGGCGUGAUCCGGAUGAUAGUGGGGAACAUAGCACUCGUUCAGGUCCAGGCGACGGUGGCCUCCUUCCUGGUGGCCAUGUUCGCGGUGAGCGUCGGUGCGGCGAUGACUGGGGAGUUCUACUUCGAGAACAUGAUGCUGCUGACUGCCUCGGCCAUGUUCACGGCCACCUCGUCGUGCUUUGUGCUGGACUUUGUUCUGGUGGCUGUGAUCCUCUUCUCGCAGAAGUAUCGCCUCAAUCCGGACAACCUGGCCACGCCCCUGGCCGCCUCCAUUGGCGACGUGGUGUCCAUCAGUUUGCUCUCCUUUAUCGCCUCGCUGCUGUACGAUCAUAUCAAAACGCACCUGUGGAUCACGUUCAUCGUGGUCACCUGCUAUUUGGUGCUGCUGCCCAUGUGGGUGAUGAUCGUGCUGCGGAACGAGUACACGCGACCGGUGCUAAAAAGCGGAUGGGUUCCCGUCCUCUCAGCCCUCUGCAUAAGUGGUCUGGGUGGCCUUGUGUUGGAUGCCGCCGUCGAGGUGUUUAAUGGGUUCGUGGUGUUCCAACCGAUCAUCAACGGAAUUGGUGGCAAUCUGGUGUCGGUGCAGGCCAGCAAGAUAUCCACAAUGCUGCACCAGAGCUCAAUUAUCGGGAUUAUACCACCGCACACGCAGAUAUUCGAGUGGCCCUGGCGGGCGCUCUUCAAAGGAGUUCCCUAUGCGAAGACAGCGAGGAUACUUAUUGCCAUGUCCAUCCCCGGCAAUAUUCUGUUCAUCUUUGCGGCUGACUAUAUCAACUACAGCACCUCGACGGUCACCUGGGUGUUUGUGUUGUCCUACUUGACCGCCAGUUUAGUGCAGGUGAUGCUGCUGCUGUACAUCGCUCACAUUAUUGUGCACGCGAUGUGGAAGUGGAAGAUCGAUCCGGAUAACUCGGCCAUACCCUAUCUAACGGCCUUGGGUGAUCUGCUCGGAAGCAGUUUGCUGGCGGUUGCCUGGCUCUUCACCAUGUCGGUGGGCAUGCAGUAUGGAUCCGGAAUGCAGACCCUCAAUGCACCCAACUAGAGUAGCCAACGAAACGAGAUUGGGAGAAUGGAGAAUAUAGAACGAUAAUCAACAACAAGGCAGCCACACACCGCAAACACAACCACACAAUAUAAAGAAAGAACUGUUAUGUACCUAAAAGAAAUAUAUAGAAAAAUAGAAAUUGUACGUAUGUAUAGCCUCCAGUUCCCAAAAAAAAAAAAAAAGAGAGAAACCUCCCAACACCAAACGAAAACGGAAACGGAAACGAAAACGAUAAAGAAAACGGAAACCAAUAUAAACAAAGCGAACUAACUUCUAAUAAUGCAUGUCGAAUGUUCGAGGCGAGAGGCAUCGAGAGAGAUGAUAUCCUUUUACAUUGUGUCCUUCUUCACAUGGCUUUUGCUUGUGUUCCUUUUGCUCUACCGAUAAAUUUUUGUGCGAUUAUGGUAUAAAUGCAGGCUAUAUAUAGGCAUGUAUACGAUGUGCAUGGCCUGCUGCGUAAUAUUUUUUAAGGCUUUUAGGACAAUAUUAUACACAUUUAAAAAAAAUAUAUACAUUGUAUAGGGAGAAAAAAGAAGACGAAGAAUAACUAAAAGAACAUUUACGCCACGCAAAUUGUUUUCUCCCACUUCGGUUCUUGAUUCUUUCGCUCUGGUUUACCUUAAGCAGCCAAAAAAUAAUUGCAAAAUAUAGUCUUAAAUAGAACCUACUUAAUUCCUUAAUUUACACGUAUCAACCAAUUAUGUAGUAUUAGCGCAGAUUUGAUUUUUGCAAGUCUGGGUUUCGAUUUUGUGUGUGUUUUUUUUUAAAUAUUACUUUUCUCAUUGUCCCUUUUCUAUUUCCCCAAAGCCCCCGUGCGAAUGAGAAAGAAAAGCAAUAAUUAACGCGCGAAAAAACGAUAUUUAUUAUUGCAAAUUAGUUAGGACGAUGGGAAGUGUAUGCAGAAGUUUGCAACGUUCUGCAACAAAAAGUGAACAGGGAAUAAAACGAUGAGAAUGAGAGACGUUCUGAAAGGAAAUGUGAUCGAUAUUUAGUUAUAACAAUAAUAAUAAUUAUAAAUUAAUGAAAACGUAAGAGAAAAGGCAUCAAUAUUGUGUAAUACUUGAAACAAUAAUACCAAUAAAAUAAAUAUGUUGGAAUAAACGAAAUCAAACAAAAUCGUUCA